UUCUUCUUGUGGUUGUUGUGGGUGAACAUAUAUCAUGAGGGCAGAGCGGUCUGGGCGCCUGUUUGGGUAGGAACGGAGUGUUCUAUAACACGGACCUUUGUGCGCCCUGGAAGGAGAGAGAGAGAGUACCUAAAUAUUGGUUUCAGGCUUGUGCAACGAUCUGUCAUGAUGUUAACGACUCUCGUUCCCUUCUUGGCUUGUAUCUCCCUUGCUGCUGCUGCUCCGGCUAAGCGGGCAUCUUCCCCCACGGUUACCAUUGCCCAUCCAGAGGCUACUAUUGUCGGGGCGACAGAAUUAACUGUCGACACAUUCGUUGGCAUUCCUUUCGCCCAGCCUCCAACAGGGUCUUUGCGUUUAAAGCCACCGCAGCCGUUGACAUCUCCGCUGGGAACCGUUGAUGCAGUGGAAAUAGCACCCGCUUGUCCACAAUUCUAUUUCAGCGUUGACGAGAAUGACUUUCCGACAAAUAUCUUGGGAGAAGUCCUCAAUCUUCCAAUAUUCCAAGCGGUUCAGAAUUCCAAGGAGGACUGUCUGACCUUGGAUAUAGUCCGACCUGCUGGGACGACUGCUGAUUCGAAACUGCCUGUGCUGUUUUGGAUAUUUGGAGGAGGUUUCGAGCUUGGUUCCACUCAGUUGUAUACUGGAGAGCCAAUUGUUUCGGCGUCUAUCGACAAAGAUAAGCCCAUAGUGUAUGUCGCUGCCAACUAUAGAGUGGGAGGGUUUGGAUUCCUUCCCGGAAAGGAGGUCCUCGCAGAUGGCGCAUCGAAUCUCGGACUAAUCGAUCAGAGACUGGCUCUCCAAUGGGUUGCAGACAAUAUCGAAGCUUUUGGUGGUGACCCAGAGAAAGUCACUAUCUGGGGGGAGUCUGCAGGCUCUAUUUCCGUCUUCGAUCAGAUGUUGCUGUACGAUGGAGACAACACUUAUAACGGCAAGCCAUUAUUCCGUGCCGGGAUUAUGGACUCUGGAAGUAUUGUUCCUGCCAACCCAGUCGAUACACCUUCUGCGCAGCUCGUAUAUGACACUGUUGUGAAAAAUGCAGGCUGCUCUUCAGCCAGUGAUACCCUCGAAUGUCUCCGGGAACUGGACUAUACCGACCUGCUGAACGCAGCGAACUCUGUCCCUGGAAUAUUGAGCUACCACUCAGUUGAUCUUGCAUACUUACCUCGACCUGAUGGGAAGGUCCUCACUGAUUCUCCUGACGCCCUUAUCAAACAGGGUAAAUAUGCCAAAGUUCCAUUCAUCAUAGGAGACCAGGAAGACGAGGGGACGAUAUUUGCAUUGUCCCAAAGCAAUCUCACAACCAUCGAUGAUGUGGUCACGUAUCUCUCAACGAUCUUCUUCCACGAUGCAACCAGAGAACAGAUCGAAGAACUAGUAGCAACAUAUCCCGAUGACCCCGACGACAUGUCUCCUUUCCGAACCUCUGAUGCGAACAACUGGUACCCGCAGUUUAUGCGUCUAGCAGCUAUCCUCGGAGACAUGACCUUCACACUGACGAGACGAGUCUUCCUAACCAUCUCUCAAAGCGUCCACCCGGACGUCCCAUUCUGGUCCUACCUAUCUUCAUAUGACUACGGAACGCCCUUCCUUGGCACUUUCCACGGCAGUGACAUACUACAAGUAUUCUUCGGCAUCCUGCCCAACCACGCUUCAGAUGCGAUUCGCUCAUACUAUCUCUCGUUCAUAUAUAACCUCGAUCCCAACGACGGAUCAGGCCAGACAGAGUGGCCACAAUGGAGCGAGAGUCAGACUCUCAUGCAGUUCUUCGCGGAUUCGUCGUCGUUGCUGGCGGAUGAUUUCAGAAAUGAUACGGCUCAGUUCCUGAUGCAAAAUGUGGCGAGUCUUCGGGUUUGAUGUCAGUAUGGUAUAUAUAAAUUUGGGGGCUUGAUGUAUGUUGUAUAUGGUUUAAUGAAUUGAUAUGAUCUUGUGGGAGUCAAUAUGUGGAAUAGUGUACCUGUGGAAAUGAUCAGAAUGCGAGAUGAUAUUAUGACUUCGUACAGACAGUUAUGACUGCCAAGUGGAAUGGAGAGAGCAUAGCUUACUCUUAUUCUCCAUAAGGGUUCUGUCUUAAAUAAGCUUCUUUAAAUACGUAGUAAAUUUCCAGACACAAGAGUCGAACUGUGCAGAUACAGUUCUAAUAGAGAGUCUUCAUUGAAUAUUG